AUGUCGGCAACACCAAGCCGACGGCAGUCAUCUCAGGCCCAUCCACAAUCAGCACAAUCACGCAGACGAACCUCAACUCACACCUCGGUCUCGGAAGCAAGACCUUUGCCGGAAUAUCAGACUCCCGAGGCUCCCCUCACAGCAGAAAGUCAGCGCCAAAUCGCUACCCUCCUCGCAUCACACCAUCUCCGCAAUCUCCGCGCCCAUCUCCAACAUGCCGCCGAGAAACUCACACACUCCGGCGGUGAAGUAAACGAACGGCUCAGCGAUGCCCGGGUCCGAUACGAAAAAUCAAAAGAGACGCGUCGAAGUCAAGGCGACGAGAAUGUCGACGACGACGAGAGCAAUGAAGAAUACCAGCGGCUUGCUGAGUUAGAGACUCGAGCCGAUGCUAUUACUGCGCGGAUGGAGGAGAAGACACGACAGGUUGUCGAUUCAGAAAUAAAGCUCCAGGGACUGACAGAUGCGAUGGGCCAGAUUGAAAGGGAGGAGGGUGAGAAUGUUGCUACUGCUCUGGGGGUCAGACAGACCCGUCAACAGCGGGCAAGACGAAGAGCCAAUGAGGAUGAUGAUGCCGACGGGGCUGAAGAUCCCACCGACGGUGACUACGAAGAUGCGCAGGAGAGAGAGUUGCGGGAGCGCAAUGCACAGAACCCGCCCAGUCGCAAGCUGGUCGAUAAAUUGACGGAAGGCGUUCAGAAAUGGAAUGAGCUUUCUUUGACAGAGAGAUAUGCCAGCAAUAACUCCUACAUCGGGUUCUAUCGGAUGGUACACGACUCCAAGUUCCCUGGUGACGAUGUCCCACCGUUGCCCCACUCAUCUACAUGGUUUGGGCACAUGGAAGAUACGAAUACGCGAUCUGGAGUCCCGGCACGUACGCGCAACCAGAACCGUCGCCUGUCGCCCGCCGACUCCGACGACGACAUUGCCAUUGAGCGCGAGCGCAUCUCGCUCAAAUGCCCAUUGACUCUCACGCCUUACCAGGAUCCCGUGACGAGCACCAAGUGUCCCCACAGCUUCGAGCGGGAGGCUAUUAUGGAUAUGAUCAAACGCAGCUCGACGACCAUUCCGCCUCCUGCAUCUCGUCGGGGCCAGCGCCGCGUCCAUGUGGUUAAAUGUCCUGUUUGUUCUAUUCCGUUGAGCGCGGAGGAUUUGCGGCCAGAUCCUGUUCUACUACGUCGUGUUCGCCGAGCACAAGAGCUUCAACGGCGCGAGGAAGAGGAUGAUCACCUUGAAGGGGACGGUCGAAAGAAGAAGGAUCGAAGUACCGGCAUUACCUUGGGUAGUGACGUGGAAAGCGACGACGAUGCUAUGGAUGUUGAUGCCCCUGCCUCGCAGCAUAUCAAAAAGGAGCCGCUUAGCCAGGCUGCUGCCGCUCGAUCUGAUGAAUCUAGCGAUGACGCUGAGAGUGCGGAGGGGGAGAGUGAAAAAGGGGAAGAUGAAGAGGCGGAGAUUGAAGGAGAAGAAAAUGGAGAGGUGGAUAUGGAUGCACAAGAUGAAGAAACAGAGAAUGGAGAAGUGGAAUCCGACCAGGGUGAGAUUGCACAAGCCCAGAAUGGAGAGGAGCAGACUGAAGAGAUGGAAACUGACGAAUCUGAAAAUGAAGAAGCUGAGACCAACCAGGGUGAGAUUGAAUCAGCGCAAAAUGAAGAAGAGCAGAAUGAAGAGAUGGAAACUGACGAAUCUGACAAUGAAGAUGUGGAUAAUGAGCCGGACAACGAAGAGGCGGAGACCGAAGAUGGUGAGAUUGAACCAGCGCAGAACGCUCUAGAGCAGAAGGAAGAGACGGUGACUGACUCUGAACAUGAAGUUGGGAGUGAGGAGGUUCCAAGCAAGGACACGGAGAACGAGGAGCGCAAUGCAGACGGUCGGAGUGAAGCGGUGAAGGGGGAUGUUGAGGGCGGGGAAGGGCACGAAGCUGUGGCUUCUCAGAAAGCUGUGCCGGAUGAGAAUGAGCAGAGUGAUACGGAGAGUGGCAGCGACAGUGACGGUGAAGGCAGUGAAGGCAGUGGAAGUGAAAGUGGAGACAGCGAUAUCGAGCCCAAAGUCGAGAGUGGAUCCGAAGAGGAAAGCCAUAGUGAUUGA